UUCGAUCGAAACAUUUUUAUGGAACAUUAUUCGGAUUUAAAGUUUUUUAACGCAAAGUGCGGAACAAAAAACGCUGAAACAUUUGACGUUACAAUUGAUGACAUUAAGACUGAGGCGGAAAUGAAUUAUGAUUUGUCCGCUUUGAUUCGUUCUACUGAGGAAAUGUACGGUUCCAGUGAUGAGGGCGAAGAAGACAGCGAUGCACAGGGGGACAUCGAGAAUGAUCCUGAAUUUUUUGAAAAAGAAUUUAACGCAUAUAAACGAAACUAUUACAUUACCAAAAUGGGCUAUGCAGAAUUUGAUGAGGAAGUGCGCGCUGAGCAAACAGAAUGCUACAUCAAAGCAAUACAGUGGAUUCUAUAUUAUUAUUACCAAGGAGUCCCUUCGUGGUCUUGGUUCUACCCACAUCACUAUGCACCUUUUAUUAGUGAUAUCUACAACUUCAAGCACCUGGUGCCGAAAUACAAUAUUGCAAAGCCAUUUCUUCCCUUCCAACAACUGCUUAGUGUUUUACCAGCAGCUAGUAAGGACCAUUUACCAAGCGCGUAUCACAGGUUAAUGACAGAACCCGACAGUCCGAUAAUCGAUUACUAUCCGGUUGAUUUUGAAACUGAUCUCAAUGGGAAAAAGCAAACAUGGGAAGCCGUCGUGCUUAUUCCAUUUAUCGAAGAAAAUCGAUUACUCGCGGCCAUGGAACUGUGCGAUGCUUUCCUGACAGACGAAGAAAAGCAAAGGAAUGUUCAUGGCCCCAUGAUUGUGUAUGAAUACGACAAAGCCAGUACUGACCAGCUUCCGGCUUGCUAUGGAUUCGAGAGCAUUGAUCGACUCAAAGUUCGAAAACAGCUUAUUAAUCGAGACACUUUGCACGUGCAAGAUGACAAAAUUGUACGCGGACCAACGAAAGGAGCACUGUUGGAUGGUUACAUACAAGGUUUUCCAACGUUCAAGCAUUUGGCAUACCAC